GGAGAUCUCUUCUCCUCUCUGCUGAGUCCGUCGUCUCUUACAACUCUCCUUCUGCCGAGAGUCUAAUUUUGCUCGCGACCUGUAUCACUUGCCAGGGAACUUGUAAGGAGGAGACAAUGAGAUUGGUCAAGUGUUGGUUUUGCUCGUCUACGAUAUAUCCUGGACAUGGUAUACAGUUUGUCCGCAACGAUGCAAAGAUUUUCCGGUUCUGUAGGUCGAAAUGCCACAAGAACUUCAAGAUGAAGAGGAACCCUCGUAAAGUGAAGUGGACUAAAGCUUACAGAGCCACACACGGAAAGGACAUGACUCAGGAUAAAACUUUUGAGUUUGAGAAGAAGAGAAACAGACCCGAGAGGUAUGAUAGGAACGUUACAGAGGAUACUCUCAAGGCAAUUAAGAAGAUUGAUAAGAUCAGAAGCACUAGAGAAGCUGACCACAUCAAUAAGAGGUUGAAGCCAAACAAACAGAAGAUAUUCAAGAGUGCAGUCGAUGAGAUAGAUCAGCACAUUAAUUUGCUCAUAGCACCAGGUUCAGAGAAGAUGAAAGUUUUGGUCUCAGAAAACAAAUCUGUCCAAAACGAAGCAAUGGAAGAAUGAUCCUACGGGAACACUCUGAACCUGAUGUCAUCGUUAAAAAAAAGAAAAGUGUUUUGGUGUUUGUACUGAUGAAAGGAGUUUUUAGAUUGUUUCGUUUUGCAAUGUAUUAGUAUUUCCUUCGAGGGAAACAAAGUUUAGGAGUAUUUUUACAUUUUGCUUUUCAAACUUAAAAAAACUGUGUUAGCUCAAGAAUUCUUAUUCAUGAUCAAAGACUUAUUAAGGAAUAUUUAUAGUCGUGUUUAAUUGUUCAAGCCUCAUGGUACAGUUAGUUCCAAAAU